AUGGCGUGGAGAACAUUUCGAGAUGUUUAUUCUGAGGACAACAAUUUUCUUAUAGGAGAGGACUUCAUCACUGAUCGUCUUCGUCGAGAAGCAAGACAGCUUCAUCUCAGCAAAUUUAAAACAACCCGCCGUGAGGCACAUUUUGCCAGAUACAGAAACUCUUUUCUGAAGUGCGACUUGGAGCGAACGAACGAUCGAAUUGAGCAGGAGAGGCAAUUGAGGUCUGCAGAAAUGGAGAGAGAACGAGCGGUUUUUGUGAAGCAAGCUGAAAGACGAAGAAAAAUAGUCCCUCGAAAAUUAAGUGGUAACAAUUCAAAGACAGCUUUUGCUACAACUGAAAAACUAGGAAGCAUGGAUGUACCUGAUGAAGGGGAUGAGGCUAAAAGUCUUCAAAAUCACAGCCGGAUUGUACGCCAAAGUAGUCAGGGUGUUAGACAGAGCAUAAUAAGCCAGAGCGCGUCACACGCGUCAAGUUUUGCAGGAAAACGCGAUUUGGGGAAGGAGAUUGAACAAACUGCGGCGAUAAACGGCCGUCUUGAAGUAAGAUCUGUGAUGAGCAUCGAGAAUGAGAAAUCUAUUUUUAAUCAUGAAGGCACCGUUGAUGAGGAGACGAACUCUGAUCAAAUCAAUAAUUCAGAAAAUGCUGAAUCUGAGAAAAAGGGAGGAUCUGAAAAGGAUAAUCCACCUGUUUUGCCUGAGUCAGAAUCAGGAUCGGAACAAAAUUUAACAAUCACGUCGGCUCGAAGCCCUACACCAAAAACACGGAAUGCAAGAGCCUCGCUUUUGAACCGAAGGAAGUCUAGCAGUGCAAAACUUCCACCGGCGGUGACCGUGAAGAAAAUGAAAACCAAAUCUGCACACGAAAGAUGGAUUUGGGGAGAGUUUGACAAAAUUAUGAAGGGCUUCGCAGAUUUUUUACAGAUAGAGCACGUGCGAGUCAAUAUGAAGCAAGAAGCUGCUAUGGAAAAGAAUGUUCGGACCAAACCAGCACAAAAGAUAUCUCUUAAUUCAAUGCAGACUCUCAGCCCACUGUUCUUUCGUUACGGAGUGUCGGAUCAAAUAGCUUUUCGCUUUUAA